AUGGCCUCCCAGCAGCCGCCGAGCGCUGUUGACCCGGAAUCACCGACACCGCAGGACAAACCGAGGUUCGGUUUGAAGCCGGAUCAACGCCUGCCAUACAUCGCCUUGGCUACAUUUGGUACGGGUAUGGGCAUCGGUGCCUUCCACGGGAGUCAGACGGCCUCCUAUCGCUUUCGCGCCGAAAAUGCGCACCGUUUCCCGACGACGAAUAAAGGAUGGUUCCUGUAUCAUAAGGAUAAAAGCAACCUGCGCUUGGUGACGGCAGUCAAGGAGGGAUUUAAGAUGGGAGCCAAGCUGGGUGCAGGUGCUCUUGCGUUCGGGUUCUUUGAAGAAACGGUGGACAAGGCCCGAAAUGACCGCGAUUUCUUGUCUACGGUCACGGCUGGAUUGACAUUCUCGGGUAUUUACAGUGUAUUAGCCCGACAUGAUGUUUACACGGCUGCGCGUACCGCGAAGUUCGGCUUGAAGUUCGGUCUGGCGUAUGGCUUGCUGCAGGACCUUCUCGAGACCUUGAAGGGCAAGCAGCCCAAAUACGUGGACUUCAUAUUAGGAGAUCGCCUAUUCAAGAAGGAAUAA